AUGGAUGAAAAAACUCUUAAAAAUUACCUGAGCUGCAACGUUUGUUUAGAGAUUUUCAAAGAUCCGGUGUCUCUGAGCUGCAGCCACAACUUCUGUUUAAGCUGCCUGAAAGAGUUCUGGGAACAAACUAAAGACAGAAACUGUCCCAUCUGUAAAAGAAAAUCUUCUAAAGAGGAUUUUGGUGUGAACUUUUCGCUGAAGGAACUUGCCGACUCUUUUGCUGGAAGACAGACAGGUGGAUCGUCUGAGACUGAAAAAGAAGAAAAGAGGGUGGAGGAAGUUUGUAAGAAACACCCAGGAACAACUCCACUGUUCUGUAGAGACGAACAGAGAGCUGUGUGUUCUGUCUGUGAGUUUUCUCUGCACCAGAACCACAAAGUGGUUCCUGUAGAAGAAGCAGUCGGUGAGCUGAAGGAGCAGCUGAAAUCUGACCUAAAGUCUCUGCAGGACAAGAGGGACAAAUACAAACAAGUGGAGGAAACAUAUAAAGAUGUGGUUCAACACUCGGAGAAGCAGCUGCUGUCCACAGAGAAGCAGAUCAGAGCAGAGUUCAACAAACUCCAGCAGUUCCUGAAGGAGGAAGAGGAGUCCAGACUGGCAGCUCUGAGGGAGGAAGAAGAGCAGAAGGGGAGGAGAAUCAGCGGGGAGAGGAAGAGGAUCCAGGAGCAGAUCUCCUCUCUGUCAGACAGCAUCUCUGCUGUGGAAGAAGAGCUGCAGAAAGACAACAUGACGUUCCUCAGCAGGUUUAAACCCACUCGGGACAGAGCCAGAGAGCAGAGCUCAGUGUCAGAUCCACGGCUGCUCUCAGGAGCUCUGGUAGACGAGGCCAAACACCAUUAG